UAGCUCUGUUUGGCAUUAUUAUUUUUAAAUAUUGAUUUUAAACGUCAGACGCUACUUUUAGUAAAUAUGUAUUGAAAAUUUUUGCAUGAACUAUCUUAUGUCUACUGUAUUGCUAUUCUAUAAUACUAAAUGUAGUAUGAAAUAGUGUAUCCAAAAUGGAAAACAGUUGGAUAAAUUGGUGUAGAUUGUGUGCCAGCGAACAAACUAGCUGGAAUUUAGAGUCUCUCGAUGAGCUGAAUAAAAUUAUAGUGAGACAUCUUAACUUUUCGUUACAGGAAAUAUCAAAUGCGGCUAGUAGCGUUUGCAAUGAAUGCUAUAGUUUUGUUUAUAAGCUGGACAGCUUCCGGAAACGCUAUCAACAAACACAUAGAAUGCUUCUGGAACUGUACUCAAUGAAAGACACUGACUUAUCUGAGAUUAAACUUGGGGAAACGCGAUUUCGGUUUUUGGAAGAUUCCACGGAACCUAUGGUUAAAGAGGAAGACGUUUUCCCUGAAACUGUUGCCUGGGCUGCCGAUGCGUGCCUUGGCACAAGCGCUCCAGAGGAAGACACUGAAUUUAUCUUUACAGCUAAAGAUGAAGUAAAACUUGACGUGAUAAAGAGAAAAAAAAAAAGUAGAGUUUCCAGUGAUUCAAAAAUCGAUCGCUUAUCCGAUAAUGAAUCAUCAGAAGGCCGAUUAUCUCCUGCUUUUUCAACCCAAGAAGAUUCAGCGGAUGACGUAUCGGAUUUCAAUCCUGAUUUUGAGAUUGAUGACAAACCUGCAAAAGCUUACAAGCGAAAAACGCGGCCGAAGUCAAAAACCUCGCCGGAGAAGAAAAGAGUUCCCAAACCACGACCAAAAUGUGAACCAUGUGACAGUGAAUUUCGUCAUCGAUCCGCCUACUUGCAACAUCUUGAAACAAAGCAUUCUCAAUCGGAAGAGCUGUUGUUUCCUUGUGCUUCCUGUCCGAAGCGAUUUGCUUCAGCUAGGCGACAAAAGGAGCACGCAGAAACCCAUUUACCGCCGGAGCUGAAAAUGAUUCAUCCCUGUCGGUUUUGUGAUAAAAAGUUCAGUAAAAUGACAAGUGUUGUAACGCACAUAAAGGCAAUUCAUGCCGGCGAGCGACCGUACAUUUGCGAGGAAUGUGGAAAGGAUUUCUCUACUAAAGGAUGGCUGAAGGAACAUCAAACAUCUCACAGUGACGAACGGCACUUCCUAUGCCCUCAAUGCCCGAAAGCAUUUAAAAAUAUGCCGGCUUUGAAGAUACAUAUAGAUACUCAUUCUGAUACGCAAUACGUCUGCCCGCAGUGCGGUCUACGUUUGAAUACGAAGCGAACCCUAAGACGGCACAUGGUUGUGCACUCCGAUCAGAAAAGAUUCAAAUGCCAGUACUGUGGCAACGAGUUCAAACGCUCGAAGACACUGAAGAACCACUUGAUGCUGCACACUGGCUACCGGCCAUACAAAUGUCCUUUUUGCGAAAAAUCAUUCGCAAGCGGUCCUAACUGUCGUCAGCACAAAAAGAGCGCCCACCCGGAAGAACUGGCUGCACUGGAAGCUUCCGGGCAUGAAAUUUGGGCUUCCAACGUACCGAAGUUGGAACAGUUGCAGCCGAAAAACCCCGCUAUUACAGACUAACAAAUUGAGUAAAAUAAAAAAAAAACGGUACUAUAAACAA